GGCGCGGCGGGACGUCGCGGGGGCGCGCACGCAUCCAGCCCGCGGUGCGCGCGCAGGUCGGUGCGUCGGUCGGGGGCGCGCUCGGGUCACCUGUCCCCCCUCACGUAGUCGCCCGUAGCCGGUCGGACUAAGUUCCAGUGACGAUUUGCAAAGUUAAGUUAAAAAUGUCCCCAGAAGUGGCCUUGAAUCGCAUUUCUCCAAUGCUUUCUCCAUUCAUAUCCAGUGUGGUUCGAAAUGGAAAAGUGGGACUGGAUGCUACAAAUUGUUUGAGGAUAACUGACUUGAAAUCUGGCUGCACAUCCCUGACUCCUGGACCCAACUGUGAUCGAUUUAAACUGCACAUCCCCUAUGCUGGAGAGACCUUGAAAUGGGAUAUUAUUUUCAAUGCCCAGUACCCAGAGCUGCCCCCUGAUUUUAUCUUUGGAGAAGAUGCUGAGUUUCUGCCAGACCCCUCAGCUUUGCACAACCUUGCCUCCUGGAAUCCUUCUAAUCCUGAAUGUCUCUUACUUGUGGUGAAGGAACUUGUGCAACAAUAUCAUCAGUUUCAGUGUAGCCGCCUCCGUGAGAGCUCCCGUCUCAUGUUUGAAUACCAGACAUUACUGGAAGAGCCACAGUAUGGCGAGAACAUGGAAAUCUAUGCUGGGAAAAAAAACAACUGGACUGGAGAAUUUUCAGCUCGUUUUCUUUUGAAGUUGCCAGUGGAUUUCAGCAAUAUCCCCACAUACCUACUUAAGGUGGACCUGGUUAAUUGCUCACAUUACAGUGCUCAAGGACUCGUGUUUGCACCUCCUGGCUCCUACCUGCUGGGUGAAAGCUUCAGCGGUGGUGAAGCAGUGCUACAGGAUGUAAAUGAAGAUCCUGGUGAAGAUGUGGCCCUUUUAUCUGUCAGUUUUGAGGACACUGAAGCCACUCAGGUGUACCCCAAGCUAUAUCUGUCACCCCGAAUUGAGCACGCCCUCGGAGGCUCCUCAGCACUUCACAUCCCGGCUUUUCCAGGAGGAGGCUGUCUCAUUGAUUAUGUUCCUCAAGUGUGUCACCUGCUCACCAACAAGGUGCAGUAUGUAAUUCAAGGAUAUCACAAAAGGAGAGAGUACAUUGCUGCUUUCCUCAGUCACUUCGGCACAGGCGUUGUGGAAUAUGAUGCAGAAGGAUUUACAAAACUCACCCUGCUGCUCAUGUGGAGAGACUUUUGUUUUCUUGUACACACUCACCUUCUCAGGCAUCCUCCAUCCAUCCUGGAGGACGGAAACUGUGCCGUGGGGCUUUACGUGAUAGAAGUUGACUUGCCUCUGUUUUUUCCUCGAGACCAGCCGACUCUCACCUUCCAGUCUGUUUAUCACUUUACCAACAGUGGACAGCUGUAUUCUCAGGCCCAGAAAAACUACCCCUACAGCCCCAGAUGGGAUGGAAAUGAAAUGGCAAAAAGGGCAAAGGCUUAUUUCAAAACCUUUGUCCCGCAGUUCCAGGAGGCAGCGUUUGCCAAUGGAAAGCUCUAGGAAACACCGGCCUGCGGUCCACAUGCGUGUCAGCACAUACGUGCUUCCUGGAAGCCACUUGGAACGACUGGGAGGCAGCGUUUUGCUCACACAGCGACUUGUAGGCCUCAGACAGCCCCAAUUCUGCUGGAUCCCAA